GUAACUGGGUUGCAGUUUCGCAUGAACAGGUAGCAGCUUAUAAGCUCGUUAUAACUUGACGUUAGACAAGGCUUCCAGCACGAUGGAAAGGAACGAUAUAGAAGAACAUGAGUAUCAAGAGCUAUUUUCCAUAUCAAGAUCGCCACCAAGUCAACAAAUAAUAAACGAUGGAUCAGGGAAUGACGGACAACAACAUCAGGCUGCAGACAAUACCGUUACCAUCAUUCAAGGAAAGGAAGCCUCACGUGCGCUCUACAUUACCCUUAUUGUAGCUGUCAUCAUAAUCAUCUCCCUCGUCGUCCUCAUUUGCGUCAUCGUCGUAGUUUUCAUCCCCACAAAAGCACCAGCAGGGGCCACUACGGGAGGUAAUGGAAAAGUAACAGUUAGUACUACGACACCAGCAGGGACAACUACGGCAGCACCAGCAAGGGCCACUACGACAGAUCCAUUCUCCUGCGAAAGUAGAGCAACUGGCGACAACAUACCUCGUGAAUACACUCACCCAAGCUACUGCAAGGAGUAUUAUUGGUGUGUAAACGGAGCUCCCUACAACAGAACAUGUCAAGAAAGUUCCUUUUUCAUCGCUAAUGCGACACCAGUUGUGGCAUGCACCAGCGACUAUACACUUUCAUUCUGUGCACUGAAAAGUUCCUCAUCCCCACCAGCAGGGGCAACUACGGCAGCACCAGCAAGGGCCACUACGACAGAUCCAUUCUCCUGCGAAAGUAGAGCAACUGGCGACAACAUACCUCGUGAAUACACUCACCCAAGCUACUGCAAGGAGUAUUAUUGGUGUGUAAACGGAGCUCCCUACAACAGAACAUGUCAAGAAAGUUCCUUUUUCAUCGCUAAUGCGACACCAGUUGUGGCAUGCACCAGCGACUAUACACUUUCAUUCUGUGCACUGAAAAGUUCCUCAUCCCCACCAGCAGGGGCUACUACGGCAAGUAAUGGAAAAGUAACAGUUAGUACUACGACAGCAGCAGGGGCCACUACGGCAGAUCCAUUCUCCUGCGAAAGUAGAGCAACUGGCGACAACAUACCUCGUGAAUACACUCACCCAAGUCACUGCAAGGAGUAUUAUUGGUGUGUAAACGGAACCCCAAUCAACAGAACAUGUUGGGGAAGUUCCUUUUUCAUCGCUAAUGCGACGCAAUCUUUGGCAUGCACCAGCGACUAUACACUUUCAUUCUGUGCACUGAAAAGUUCCUCAUCCCCAGCAGCAGGGGCCACUACGGCAGAUCCAUUCUCCUGCGAAAGUAGAGCAACUGGCGACAACAUACCUCGUGAAUACACUCACCCAAGUCACUGCAAGGAGUAUUAUUGGUGUGUAAACGGAACCCCAAUCAACAGAACAUGUUGGGGAAGUUCCUUUUUCAUCGCUAAUGCGACGCAAUCUUUGGCAUGCACCAGCGACUAUACACUUUCAUUCUGUGCACUGAAAAGUUCCUCAUCCCCACCAGCAGGGGCAACUACAACAGGUAAUGGAAAAGUAACAGUUAGUACUACGACAGCAGCAGGGGCCACUACGGCAGAUCCAUUCUCCUGCGAAAGUAGAGCAACUGGCGACAACAUACCUCGUGAAUACACUCACCCAAGUCACUGCAAGGAGUAUUAUUGGUGUGUAAACGGAACCCCAAUCAACAGAACAUGUUGGGGAAGUUCCUUUUUCAUCGCUAAUGCGACGCAAUCUUUGGCAUGCACCAGCGACUAUACACUUUCAUUCUGUGCACUGAAAAGUUCCUCAUCCCCACCAGCAGGGGCAACUACAACAGCUCCUCCUUCUAAGUGUGACUGCAGCACAUACGCCUACAUCGCAAGGGCGAACACAUACCCUGGUAACUGUUCUCAGUACUACUGGUGUGUAAAUGGUGUGAAGUACCCCCAUGAAUGUGGACCUGGACUACAGGUGCAGUUCCACAUUUCAGAGGACGCUAUACCUUGCACAAACAUACCCUCCGACUACUACUGUAAACACGUAGAAGAUGGUAACCUCCAACCCUGCGCAUGAAGCACAUUCCCACAGAGAUAUACACACACGUGCCUGCUGGGAGAUGUACAGAUAGAUGACACCAUAUAUGAACCUUGAAUGGACAGUUUUUAAGAUGCCAACACGCAUCGGGACUUUUCUGCGUUCGUUUUACAUGGCCCAAUAUAUCUGAUUGAUAAUGUAGGCAUCCAUUACCAUAAAGUGCAGGCAGUAAUUGAGGGCAAUUGGUGGAUGUGUCAAGAAAAAGCGGUUGUAAUAUAUUUGACAGGUGUGGAACCGGUCAAACACACUUGAGAUGUAUUUCCAUAUUGUUAAAUAUACAUUGUAUUUGUGCUUAAGACUUCUAUUGUUAUUGUUUCGCGCUUUGUACUACUACAGUUGCUUUGCUUUUUUCGGAAAUAUGCGCGUCAUUUGUAGUGGCGUGAUAUAUAUAUAUUUCAUGUACAUAUUCACAAAUCAUGUUUUAGUCGGUCAUACGUUCUACCUAUAUUAUAUUGUUUCUGUUAUAAUAUUGUGAUAUGUGCAUAAUUGAACUGUGUAUUAUAUAUCUACUCUGUAUGUUUAUGCAAUUAAUACUCAUGCAAUGAACUAAAGAUAGACGUUAUA